AUGCCAUUAUCCGCUGCUAAAAAUGAAUUAGAUGUCAAUUAUGAACACAUGAUUGAAAAUUUACUUUUACAACAAGUUCUACUUUAUGCAAAGAAUCAUCCUAACACAAAUAAACAGAAUCUUCAUUCAAAAAAGACUCGUGACGAUCCUUUGUGGGUUAGACAAACGCGUCGUUAUAAAAACAAGAAUUAUUCUGUUAAAAUGAAUGGUGAUGAACUUAGCAGAGAUGAUGAAGAUGAACUGUUAGUGUUAACAUCUAAACCAACAUUAACAUCGUCAAUACCCUUGAAUAACAAUUCUUCAUCUUCAACGGAUAAUGAUAGUGAACAACAACAUCAUCAGUUAGAAAGUGCUAAUAAUUAUCGUGCUUAUGGCGAUGAACCGUCAUUGUGUCUGGUUGAAAAACGAAAAAGUAAUAAGAAAAAAGAACAAAAAGAUAAUUCGAGUGAUAUUAUUGAUUUUAUUCUAAAACAAUUUCAUACACCGAGACAAUCAUCAUUGUAUGAUCAUCAGUUAGACAAUAAUCUUGUCCAUUUGAUCAAAGAACAUAGUAGUCAAAAACGAAAUAAUUCAUCAAUAUACUCCGAGGGAUUUUAUUUUCGUUUACAAUGGUUAACAAUUGCACUCGUUAUUGAUCGAUUCUUUUUUUGGAUGUAUUUUUUUGCAACAUUGAUUAGUUACAUAAUAACACUGUGGUUAAUUCCGAUGUCACAUCCAAAACUAAUUAUUGAUAUAACAACAUUGUGA